CGCUCUCGACAAAUGCCCGGGCGUCCGCCCCAUCGGCGUCGGGGAGGUGCUCUCUCGGCUGGCUGGCAAGUGCAUGGCCAUGGUGACCCGCUCUGACCUGGAGACGACCUGCGGCACUGAUCAGCUGUGCAUCGGUGUGAAGGGGGGCCUCGAGGGGGCUGUGCACAUGGUGAAUGACCUCUUCCAAGAGGACGAGACCGAGGGGCUCCUGCUGGUGGACGCGAGCAACACCUUCCAUCGCACCAGUCGGCCUGCUGCCAUCUGGAACACCCGCGUGCUGUGGCCUCGCUGCUCUCGCUAUGUGUUCAACACCUACCGAGGGUUCGCCGCACUUCACCUGCAAGGCUCAGCCGGCUGUCUGUGGAGCUGUGAAGGCGUCACACAGGGCGAUUCGAUGGCGAUGUUCGUCUACGCCUGCGGCAGCCUUCCCCUCAUCCAUGCCCUGCGGGCUGCCUGCGCUGAGGAGGGAUAUGAGAUGCCGUCGAGUGGGGUAUGAGAUGAGUUAGGCAGCAAUGGGUCUGGGUCAGACACGGACGAGAACGAAAAUGCGCCAUCAGAAGCGCAAGAGAAGCCAGAAGAAGCUAGUGACACGCCACCAGAAGCAGAGGGGGAUGGUGCGGGUGUAUGUGUGCGUUCUGAUGUAGAAGGUGUUGGAGUUGGUGAGGAGAAGAGAGAGAGUUCGUCGGCCUCGUCGGCCUCGUCGGCCUCUUCAUC